AUGGGCGUCACCACUGGUCUGAUUCUCCUCGGGGUUGUACUGACUUUGUGGUACUUGCAAGUGUUCACCGCCCUGUGCAUUGCUUUGCCACCUACCCUGUACAGUGGCUUUCGUCUGUACAAGCAGCGGCGGUCUGGCAAGCUGAUUCUGCAAGACACCCACUUUGACUGGAAAGAUAGUUGUGCCGAAUUCUUUGAUGUCAACACUGACGGGGCUAUGAAGCGGCGCAGAGAGGCUGCCGAAGCCGUCAUCAAGUCAGUGGAUGCCCAGGCUGCAAAGAAGUUCAACGAGUUCGUUAAAGAUGUUGAUGCAAUUGCAAUCUAUGGCUGCGGAAUUCUGGCAGCUACUCACGUAGGGAGCCUGCAAGCUCUCGAGAGACAUGGCAUGGACACCAGGAAUCUGAAGGCGCUGGCCGGCGUCUCUGCUGGGUCUGUCGUGGCUGCCAUGCUGGCCGUCAACUGCAGACCACGCGAGAUCUUCGAGGUGAUCGAGGGCAUGGAGUUUCACCAGCUUGCGUUCCCAGAGCUGGGCUCCUUGUCCCGCAUCCUCGGGACUCUGGUGCAAGGGUUGCUGAGGGUUACCAUCGGCAAUCACGCGGCCGAGGUGGUGGAGUGCCUUGUUGCAGAUGCCACUGGGCCCGGCUUCAACAGCGGCCUUCGCCUGGAGGAGAUGAUUGGCAAGGAGCUUCAGAAGAAAUGUGGUAACAGAGACAUUACGCUCGCGGGCGUGAAGCAAAGAUUUGGCAAGAGGCUGAUCAUCCUGGCUUGUGAACUGGACUCUGGUCACGAGAGAAGGUUUACGCCAGAAACUGAUCCCGAUCUGCCGGUUCGGGUUGCUGUGCGAAUGUCCAUGGGAGUGCCGGGGCUGAUGGAGCCCUUCAGAUACAAAGGCCACGUCUACUGCGAUGGUGGCAUGUGCAACGACUUCCCGGUGGAUGCUCUGCCGGAAGACUCCAAGCGUAUGGGAUUGAUGGUGCGACCGGUUGAUUGGAUCCGCCACCAUGUCCCAGGCCUAAGCUCGAUCAUCCCCGAUGAGAGGCUGGAGAAGUAUGAAAAAGUCAUGGCUCAUCUCAAGAUGAAGUCGGAAGAGAGCCCGACACUUUUUUCGGUGAAGACGGUCCUGGACCUCGCAUUGACCUCGGUGAACAUCAUGAUGGAUGCCAACCUCGUCCUUCAGAUUGAGGCUGCCACGGCCAAGAAAGGUUUCAGGCAAAGCUCUGGCAUCUCUGGCCUCGCGCCCGAGAUCCUCACGCUGUGCGGAGGCAGAUAUGACCCCUUCGACUUCAAUCUAACGAAAGAGCAGCAUCGGGAGCUGUACUUGGCCGGCCAGCUCAGUACCCACCUGCACGCAUCUGUCGUGGAUGGGAGCUCUCAAGUACUCAACGAUGAGGGAAAGCUGAAGACCAUGUUGUACAUGCUACACAUGGAUUAUCCGAAGCCGCCGUGA